UGUCGCCAAGAUGGCCGCUUGGGGAAGGAGGCGCCUGGGCCCGGGCAGCAGUGGCGGCAGCACUCGAGAGAGGGCGAGCCUGUCGGCCACAGACUGCUACAUCGUGCAUGAGAUCUACAAUGGGGAGAAUGCCCAAGACCAGUUUGAGUACGAGCUGGAGCAGGCCCUGGAGGCGCAGUACAAGUACAUCGUGAUAGAGCCCACGCGCAUUGGUGAUGAGACCGCCCGCUGGAUCACCGUGGGCAACUGCCUGCACAAGACCGCCGUGCUGGCGGGCACUGCCUGCCUCUGCACCCCUCUGGCCCUGCCCCUGGAGUACUCCCAUUACAUCUCCCUGCCGGCUGGUGUGCUGAGCCUGGCUUGCUGCACCCUCUACGGGAUCUCUUGGCAGUUUGACCCUUGCUGCAAAUACCAAGUGGAGUACGAUGCCUACAAACUGUCACGUCUGCCUCUGCACACACUCACCUCCUCCACCCCGGUGGUGCUGGUCCGGAAGGACGACCUGCACAGAAAGAGACUGCACAACACAAUAGCACUUGCUGCUCUGGUGUACUGUGUAAAGAAGGUUUACGAACUCUAUGCCGUAUGAUUUCGGGAGGGAAGGGAGAGAACGCAGAACAGCCCAGCCCAGAGAGACAGCAGUACUCAGAUUGCCACAGUCACAGCUUUGCUCUGUGAAGCAGCACAGCCUGGGAAGGUGUUGGUUAAUAUUUGUUAUUUUUAAAAAAUAACACAGAUCAUGGUGUGCUGUAGGGUUCUUCAGCUCAUUACACUAAGAUGUGGAUUUCCAUAACCCAAGAAGGGGUCUGAAGCUGUGGAUGUCUGACUGGGCAGUGGAAUGCUGAUGGAAGCCAACGCUGCUGAGGGGUGUGAAUGCAUUUUGGGGGGUCUUUUAAGUAUAUUGUUUAACUGUACCAUCCAGAGCCAACCAGAAGCUAUUGACCAUUAAAAUGAUGAGCGUUUCAA